CCCCUCUCCCCCUCCCAAAAGCCUCUUCCGCUAGGGUUUAGCCGCCGUCUGCUUCUUUCCCCGCACCGCCGCCUCAUCCUUGCACUCCGCCGCCGGGAGCUUAGGAAUCCCCCGCGCCGCCGCCAUGUGGGCGCUCCGCAGAGCCGGCAACCCCCUCAGGGUCAGUGCCCGCCAAGUUGCAAGUGUCCGUGGUUGCGCAAGUCUCGAGGUACUCCUAAGUGCAGACGCAAAGACUGCAGAAGAGCACUGUGGGCAGUGUUGCCAGAAAUCGUGUUGCUGCCGUCAGCCAAAGCCAUCAGCCUCCCGUUCAUCUUUCUCAUCUGGCUGGUCCAUGUGGGGCAGGAGCUUCUCUUCUCAGGCUGGGGCAAAUUCUGGUGACAAAGAUGAUGGUUUGGAGGACGGGUUUUCUGAUUUGGAGGUCCCACCAGAAGCUGAUAAAAAGGAAGAAGUAGAGUCAACAUCUGAAGAGAGUUCUGAUGAGGAUGCUGUAGAUGAAAUCGACUCGUUAGGAGUUGAUGCUGAUGCCAAACCCGAGAAGGAGACAGUGAAGAGGGCCUCCCAGAGCCCCCUUCUCAAAGUCUUGUUGGAAGCUCCAAGGAAUGAUGUCGCUGCCUCACUGAAGAAAUGGGUUGAUGCUGGCAAUACAUUUGAUAGAAGUGAUAUCUUUUAUGUCAUUUUGAACCUUCGGAAACGGAGGUUCUACGCCAAAGCAUUGCAGCUCCUGGAAUGGCUUGAAGAAUCCAAACAAAUUGAUCUUGUAGAACGUGAUUAUGCUUCACGCCUUGAUCUGAUGGCUAAAGUCAAUGGUGUUUACAGAGCUGAAAAGUAUAUUGACAAUAUUCCUGCAUCUCUCAGGGGUGAGGUUGUAUACAGAACUCUUUUAGCUAAUUGUGUGGCCGAAGUGAAUGUCAAAAAGGCAGAAGAAGUCUUCAAUAAGAUGAAGGAUCUGGGAUUCCCAGUCACAGUAUUUGCUAUCAAUCAGCUUCUGCUGCUGUACAAAAGGGUGGACAAGAAGAAGAUUGCUGAUGUUCUCGCAAUGAUGGAAAAGGAGAAUGUGAAACCAUCCCUCUUCACUUACAAGCUCCUUGUAGACACUAAAGGCGCUUCAAGAGAUUUUGAAGGUAUGGAAAAAGUUGUUGAGUCGAUGCAAGCAGAUGGUAUUGAGCCAGAUAUUCUGUUACAAGCCACACUUGCAAAGCACUACAUAUUUGGUGGUCACCGUGAGAAAGCUGAACCAAUUUUGGAGUUAAUGGAGGGUGAUGAUAUCAAGGCAAACCGCAAUGCUUGCCAGGUUGUAUUACCUCUGUAUGGCUUCCUUGGAAAAAAGGACGAUGUCGAGAGGAUUUGGCAGGUUUGCGAGGCUAAUCCUCGUCUAGAAGAGUGCUUAUCUGCUAUAGAUGCUUUUGGUAGGCUUGGGGAUGUUGAAAAGGCUGAGAAGGUCUUUGAGGAUAUGUUUGUAAAAUGGAAAUCACUCUCUCCCAAAUUCUACAAUGCUCUGAUUAGGGUGUAUGCCAAUCAAAACCUUUUGGACAAGGGCAAGGAGCUAUUGAAGCGAAUGGAUGAGAAUGGUGUCAAAAUAGGGGUGUCAACAUUGGAUUCGCUUGUGAAGCUCUAUGUGGACGCUGGAGAGGUGGAUAAAGCUGAAUCCGUACUGUACAAGCUGUCUCAGAAAAACAGGAUGAAGCCUCAGUACAGCUCAUAUCUGAUGUUGCUUGAUAGUUAUUCGAAGAAAGGAGACGUCCACAAUUCGGAGAAGGUGUUCAACAAGUUGCGGCAGAUGGGUUACAGUGGGAGGAUUAGGCAGUACCAGUUGCUGCUUCAUGCAUAUUUGCACGCAAAGGCCCCUCCCUAUGGAUUUAGAGAGAGGAUGAAGGCUGAUAACAUUUUCCCCAACAGUGUCAUGGCAACUUUACUUGCUGCUACUGAUCCAUUCAACCAGAAGAAGACAAUAUCUGACAUGCUCGACUAGGAUAUGGGAUACAGCUAGUUUCAUCUUGUCGCCAUGCAAUGCUGCUUAUGGGUUUCUAUUAGAAUAUAUGAUGAGAUAAUAAUGUCUUGGUCAUGUAACGAACUACUAGUGUUUGUUUUGCAUCUGGGUUGUCAUGCAAUACUGAACUUCCUGCCAGGAAUAGAUAUUGAAGCAACUGCCCUAGAAUCUUAUUUAUGUCAAUCCUUAAAUUAUGUCCUUUUCUCCUACUGGACAGCAACCUUUGAAAAUAUAUAUUGAAGCUGCUGCCCUGGAAUCUUAUUUGUGUUA